AUGCUACCGACACCGCUGAUGUUCAUGUUCAUCGUCAAGCUUGGUGAGUUUUUUUCACUUUUUUUAAAUAAUUCAAAAAUUGUUUGGAAUUAACAUUAUUGUCAUGGAACAGUCACGGAACACCCAAAAAAAGGUCGGCAAUUUUUUUGAGAAAAACUGGUUGGAUUUGAAGGUUAUUCGGUGAACCGGAAGAGGUGCAAUAAUAACAAAAUAAUAGUUUGAAAAUAGGUCUUCAAAAAAGUGAAAAUGAAUAGUUUUUUGACAACUUUCAAUCUUGCUUUUAAUGAGAUGAAAUCUCCCAUAGAUCUAAUUUCGAAACCCAAGAAUUCCUGUAGAUAAAAUGAGUUUCUAUCAGGGUGCAUGAAAGUUUGAAAAAAGUUGGCACAUCUCUAAUUUCGUGGUUAUCUGGACCAAAAUCCAUAUUUCUCUGAAGCACCGUAGUACAAUUUUUAUUUUCUCAAAGCCAUUUGGUUAAUAUUCUGUUGACUUAUUGUAAAAUAAAAAUCCAAUCUAUUGACUUGAGAGAUUAUUGCAAAUUUUUAAACUCCAUUGAAUUCAGCUCAAAUUGUAGGACUAGGGAACAUCGUUCAGCUUCAGGAACCUGUGCUCACAGAGGAUAAUUCAUGAAGACUUAAAUUUUUAUCUCAAAAAAAAAGCCAAGCUGAUAUGAUUCUUUAGUCAAUGCUCCACUCAGUAUUAUCUUUCAGCCUUUUAUUUCUUCACUUAUGAAAAAACUGAAAUUUUAAACUCUAUUCAAUCUAGCUCAGGUUUUCUGACUAGGGAACAUCACUCAGCUUUUGAAAAUCAGAAAAAAAGCUAGAAAUUUCAAGCUGAUUAACCUGUGAAGCCUAGGACAAGUGUGCUCUAUGGAUAAUCUAUAGAAAGUCAAAUUUUAAACUCGAACAGAAAUCUAAACUGAUCCGAUUUUUCAGGCGAUGCUCAACUGAACCUCGGCUCUUUUUCCCUGCAUCCAAACACCAACGGCGGAAUCGACCUUGGCCUCGGCCAAUCGGCCAACAUUUUCGGAUUUGGAGGUGAUCGUGGCUUCAAACUGUCCAGCAAUCCAGGAGGUGUUGGACUGGCAAGUGAGGCUUUUGGGAAAAUCUUUUAGCCUUCCCAAUUCUAUAAAUCUCUCUAGGAAAAUUGUAGAACACUCAGGAAUUUCAAGCAAAAACUAGGGGCGAGAAAAAAAAUAGUUUUUUCCCUAAAGGAGCUGCUCUAGAAAUUCCGUUUUCCCGAAAAAUUUGGGCAAACCUCUAUUUUCCAGCCAAUGAAGGCGUCCUAAUUGGCGGAGAACGGAUCGGAGCUUCAUCCGGUUUUUCCGGCGGUAGUUCUGGAAUUGACUUGGGCAGCAACUUACAGGUACCAAAAAAGAAAACUUCCUAAUUUUAUUAAAAUCUCAGUUUGGCAACAACCCUCAGCCGAUGCAUCCAGCCGGCCAAUUUGGCAAUUUCAUGGAGAAUAUCAGAAAUUUCUUCUCGUUCUUGGGUCUGUUUAGAUAUGAUUUAAAAAAAAACCACAACUUUGCCAUCAUUUUUCGCAAAAAAAAAGCUUGACCGCGACGCCUAAAAGCUUGACCGCGACGCGACCGCCCCGCGUUCAGCCAUUCCAAGGCUUUUCAAGGCCACCAUUCUCUUCGAACAAAUGUCCUACUCCAGAGCUGAGAUAGAUUUUAAAGUAGUAGUGAUAUCCUCUCUGAAAAGCUUGACGAUCUUAACAAACCGCGUCGCGACCGCAGCGCAACCAACCAUUCCAAAACGUUUCUAGUCCUAAAGCUUGAAGCAUUUUUCAAACUCGUCAGCGGAUAUAAUACUCUUUCUGAGACACUGAUCCAAAAAAAAAACUUGAUCACCCGACCGCAUCGCGACCGCAGCGCACCCAGCCUUCCAAAAAGUUUCUAAGCUUAAAGCUUGAAGCAGUUUUCUAACUUGUCAGUGGACAGAAUACUCGUUCAGAGACACUGAUCCAAAACUUAGUCUCAAAAGCUUACCCAACCGCGUCGCGACCGCAACGCACCCAACCAUUCCAAAUGCAGGCAACGGCAUGCCGAUGCCCCCCACCGUACCUCCCCCCAUGACGUCGGCCUUCACUCCGAUGCCUCUGGCGCCGAUUCCAUCCAUCGGAGUCGCCACAACCGAGCCGCCGACUCUGAUCGAAUCCGAAGAGUUGGAGAAGCCUAAAGGUACGUCUUCCAAAACUGAAGACGUCAUCAAAAACCUUCAGAAGAGACCGAGUUCAACACAGACGAGGAAGACGACUGGCGGAACACAGGACGUGACGAGGAGCCGUUGGCCGUCAACGAGGGCGAAUCCCUCCUUCAUCGAGGCUUGAAGUCGUCGCGGGAAUUCUUGCCGACGUCUUCUGAAUCCUCGGAGAGACGACGUGACAAUUCGAAGGCCACCGAUGAGAUCUUCACUGCAAGGACAGGUUUGUUGAGAUAAUCAUGACGUCAUUGGCUCAGUGGACAUUUUUACUAGAUGACGUCAGAAGCUCAAAUAUUUGAAAAUGACGUCAGAAUCACAAGAAAAACAUAGAAAACAUAGAAAACCGUAAAAAUGACGUGAAAAUUCGGGAUUAUGAUACUUUGAGAACGAAAAAAUAGGAUUUUUUGAAGACAUGUAGGUUUAAUAUGACGUCAUUGAUAACAUGUAGGUACAAGAUGACGUCAUUGAGAACAUGUAGGCUUAAGAUGACGUCAUAGAAUCAAAAAAGGACAAUUUGUUAACUUUUACAUUUAAAGUAACGUACCUUCAAAUCACUAAGACAUUACCCUCGACCUAUGACGGCACUGAUUAUGAUUGAUGACGUUGUCAAGUCAAAAAUGACAUCAUUUGCCAUUCAAAAAUUUUUCCUUGAGCUCAACUUUGCAGACCGUCCCCGCCAACUACCGGGCCUCAUCGAAUUUUCUUGA